UGGUGUAUUAAAAAGGUAAUGUAUUAAAGAUGCGCAAGGAGCUUUAGGACUUCUUUUAAGAAAAUGAUAUUGACACUCUGCUAGGGGAUAUAUAUGGAUGGUUCCUCUCUACAUCUGCUAUAUCUCUUAGACAGAGGUGGUGACCUGCUUCAUCGCGUUCUUCUCAUCUUGAGCAGAGUACGUUGGCAAGGAACCCGCAGAGCUGUUGGCCUUGGCGGCCUUGGCAGCGCGACGGCGACGGACCAGGAAGAAGGCACCGGCGGCCAAAAGGACAACGACGGCAGCAGAGACACCUCCGGCGAUGCCACCGACCUGGGAGCUCGAGAGACCUGUGGACUUCACAGUGGUGGAGUCAGAGUUUCCGUGGGGGAGCGACUCGUAGCAUAUGAUCUCCUCACGCUUGACACCCAUGCACAUGUCAAGCUGACCGGCCUUGCAGGCAGAUUGAUCCGCGGUGCAUUUCUUGAGGAAGCAAAUGUCACCGUGGCAGUCCUCCCAGGACUCGCAUCCCAGGGGGCACUUUGUAGUCUGAGUCUUGAUCUCCUGGGGCAUAUCGCAGUAAAGCGAGUAGAUAUUGUCGAUACGGGCCACAAAAGGAGCAACAGUGUCCUUAGCAUCCUUGCAGGUCUCACCGGGAGCCAACUGUGGGAUACAGUACUUGUCGUAGUGGCACGACAUACCUGCAACAGGGCAGACAGUGUCCUUGUUGCAGUAGUACUUGGUCCAGGGGGUGUUGGGGUUAACGGUAACGUUGGUUGCAGACAUGGUGAAGUGUUACUGUGCGAGGAAUCAGAGGAACUGAAGAGGGCUAGGCAGAGAGAGGGGCCUGGUUAUGAAGUGCGAGAGCUGAGAGGGUGAGAGGGUAAAGAACAAGCAAAGGGGAGGGGAUGGUGACCUUUUAUAAGCGAACGAUGGUCUCGAGAAGCUUCAAGCGAGGAAAGAUUAGGAACCGAGUUCACAUAUGAGAAUAAGAAAAUAGCGCUUUCAAUAGCGAGGUCGGGCUUCAAUCGCUUCGUAGGAAGGGCACCCACUAUACCAUGCGGGCAGAGAAAAGGAGAUGGAUGUAAAAGGCACGGUGCUGUCAUCUGUAGUAUAUG